UAUAAAAGUAUCUGGAUGCGGACAUUUAAGCAUCACAGUCGAUUCGAUACUUCGAAAGACGAGUUCUUCAUCUCGACCGAUUCACAUCUUUGGAGAAUUUGACUGCACAGAACGAGCCGAGAUGCUGAUGAUAUACAUUGCUGCGACACUACUUCUGCUGAAUAAUGUACGGAGUGCCCCAGUUCAUCACGAGCAUGGAUUAGUCCCAGCCACUCCGAUACCCAUCCUUGUGGACGAAAGAAUCCCCAUCGAUAGCCUGGGAGGGUAUGGUUUCAGGAUUGCUUCUGGAAACGGCAUAGAAUGGACAGAAGAGUCUCUACCAGCAGGUCCUCAUAACCAAAGAGUCACAAAUGGAGCCUAUUCUUUCACACAUCCCGACGGCACCGCCCACCACUUGAGUUACUCAGCAGAUGCCUCAGGAUUCCACCCUCAGUCCAGCAUGAUUCCAACUCCAUUCCCACUGACACCAUGGCAGUUGGAACAGGUUCAGUUCGCCGAGGCGCAAAGACAACUUCAAGCGGAAGCUGCUUCGCAUGUCUAAUGUAUCUCUAUAGCAUCUGGAGUAUGUGUAGCACAUCUAGCUUAUUUAGCACAUCUAGCUAAUUUAGCAUAUCUAGCUUCCUAUGGCUGGUCAAGUCUCCUGAACUAGUCAACCGGAACGACAGUAGAUUAAGUUGUUGCUUCUCCUUACGUUCUGUUCGUUAUACUUGUGUUUAUUUUCAUAUCUAAUAAUGUUGAUCAAUAAAGAAUGUCUCAGAGAAA